AUGGAAGCGUACAGGCAUGCGCAUCACGCGCAUAUGCGAACGAGCCAUCUGACCCAGCUCUACUCCGACACCAAGAAGAGUGCUUUGACGAGCGUGAACUGGCAGUCGUCUGUAGGCGAACAAUUCCCGGACUUGCGACGCAAGUUCAAAAUCCAGAAGGACCGCUUGAUUACAUGGGGUCUGGCCUGGAGCGAUGAUGAGAAAGGCGCCGAUGGCAACAUUGAUGAUGCCGUAGCCCGCGCUGGACUUACUGAGACCGUGGACAGCGUACUCCGGAAUAUCAAGGAAGUGACGGAGGAGGCAGAGCGCAUUCAGCAAGCCAGCUUCGGGAUUGGGCUCGGUGGCGAUAAAGCAGUCGUGAAGCCGGUCACGUUUGACCAAGCACGAUAUGAAGACCUCCUAAACGACCUAACGACCUCAAUUGACACUUUGUACGACCUGUCCAGGUCGCGUCGUGCGCUUGCUCGGGGUGAACACCCGAGCUUCAGGUCCACGUCCACUCAACAGUCUAACACUGGCAAGCCUUCGGUGGUCCGCGGGAGUCUGCCCCGAUCGCCUAGCUUCGCACCUUCUGAGGUCACGCUUGUCAAUCCGUCCUUUCAAAGGCCUACCCUCUCCCCUUACGCAGGUCUACCACCCAGUAUCGAGCCUGCAGCAUUGCGUCUGCCUAACGAAACACCGCCUGCGUACGAAAGCCAAGGUGUCCCAUGGGUAACUAGAUCGACGGCGCGUCUGAUACGCUGCAGGGCGUCAGAGGGCGUACAAAGUCGACUUGGGAGCAGUGCGCCAGAAGUCCCGGUCUUGGUAGAGUACGCCAACUUCGACACUGUCUAUCGCGACACUCACGUGCCUCCGCCUCUACAACGACUCGAGGCGCUGGCUGCAUACCUUCAACCGAUGCGAGCUGAGUCGCAGACCAAUCUUAGCUUGCUCGGCUACUUCGAAGACCCAGACCAGCCACGGUUAGGCCUUGUUUACGACGUGCCGUACCUUCUGCAGAACAAGCUACAAGGCAACUCGCAUAGAGCACCGCAGAACCUGAUAUCUUGCAGCUUGUUGAACCUGAUACAAAAGGCCAGCAAGUCGCAAGCAUCUCCAACAGAACUGGACGCACCGCCUCUCGAAGACCGCUUCACGAUGGCUCUCCGGUUGACUGAGCAGCUUCACAGUAUGCACGCCUCUCAGCUUGCUCACGGGAACAUUAGUAGCAAUAGUGUCGUCCUCACAAUGACUGCCGCCGAGCGGCCUCAGCAGCACAUCCGUGCACCUCUUUGGGCCUCUUUCGAUCUCUUUUCGAAAUGUACGGUCGAGGGCGUCAGCCGUGCUGUUGUCCCGAAUCUCUAUCGACAUCCCGCCGACUUCCCUCAGAAUCCGAAUCGUAUUCUUGCCGACGACAUAAAGUACGAUCUCUAUAGCCUCGCCAUCGUCUUGCUUGAGGUCGGCUUCUGGAAGCCCGUCAGCGACUUCUUCAAGUCAAAGUAUACACCUGCAGAUUUCCAGCUCCGCCUUGAGAGGGUUUACAUUCCGAAGCUGGCUCACAGAUGCGGGUCGGCGUACAUGCAAGCAGUGCAAGCCUGCUUCCGUUUAGCUGACGAAGUGAACAUCACUAAGCUGAGUACGGAUGACGUCUUCGCGCCCGUUAUUGGUAAGCUCCGUAAGUGCUGUAUGCUCGAUGACGACGGGCUACCCGAAGCAUCGUCUACGACAACAUCACUUGCGGAAAAUGCUGGUGCACGACCUGGGUCUAAGGCUAUGUCGAGUGUAUACGGGUCGUUUCCCGAAGCCAAUACCUUAGCGAGGCAGCAGUCUGAUCCGAACCAGAAUUUCGCAUCGCCAACAAGUGCGCCGCAACGCCUGGCUUCGCUACCAAAUCUUGCCGCGGCGUCGGUGGGCCCUUAUCCAGACAGGCAACAUACCGGUCAAAUACCGGCGUCCAGGAGAGUCUCGACACAUAGCCAUAUGUCUCGGCAAUCCAUGGUGUCCCAACACAGAGACCGACAAUCCAGCGGCACAGUAACGCAGCCUUCUUUCAAGGAAUACAAGCGUAAGAUCAUCCUGCUGCAGCAAGUCUGGCGCCAACGAUGUGCUCGGUUGCAAAAUGCGGCUACCGCACCGCUAGCUGAAAGACAAAUGGCGGUAAGCAACAACGAUAAGGUCAAGACUCCACCUCGCCGCAGCUUUCCAACAAUGAGGGUCCCACAGACGGUAAUCGAUCACUGGGAAGGGGGUGCAAUGUGUCACCUUGCGAAGGUCUGCCAGAGAGCGCUCAAAGGCUCCCUUGAGUCCAGCAGCAUAGAGCUCACGAUGUAUGGGGAGACGCCAGACACUGCUAGACCGACCUUCCUGAUCACUUGCCGCUCGACCAAGCAGGUCAAGCAGGCACUGAGAAAGCAUUUCAAGCACGACCCUUCUAUCUGUGACGUGCGAGUCAAGCCAACCACGCAGGAGAUCACGCGCUGUCGGAGAUCGAAGCGCCAUGGUGAUUCAGCCGCACGGAGAACGAUGGCGCCGGAGACCAUGGUUGACCACGCAGCUAAUCCUGACUAUCAAGAGCGUCCAUUGUGUGGCGCUUCCAUCGGCGCCUAUAGGGAUGAAGAGCACCUACCACCCGUCUCGUUUGGAGGGAUAGUCCUUGUAGAUGACAUUCCUUAUGGCAUGAGCGUUCACCACAUGCUUGAGCCUCCAGACGAUGAUCUAGAGGAGCAAGACCCAGAAGCUGGGGCCACUGGAGGAGCUGAAGAUGAUGGCUCAGACUCCUCAAGCAUUGGAAGCGACGACUCAGACGAUGACAGCACUGUUCGACCAACAUCAGUCUCUGAUACGGACUCUUUCAUUGAAGAGCAUGAGGGUGACUUGCCUGGUAUUGCACCAGAAGACUACGAGGAAGAGAUCGAGAUCACCCAGCCUGCGCUUGAUGACGCUAUUGGAUGCAACCUUCACGCUGACGCCGACGAGGACGACGAUGACUCAAUUGACGACGAUCAUCUGAGCUCUUAUACGCUUGGUGAAGUCUUCGCGUCUUCCGGCCUAAAACGUAGCGGCGUUGGCUCGACUAGAGAUGGGUACCAAGGUAUCGCAUCGUUACCGCAGGAGAUCGACUGGGCGCUCAUCAAGCUGAAGCCACCCAGAGUGCAUCCGUUCAAUGUUAUUCAGGGAGGCUCGAAAUACUGCGCUAUGGGUCGGAGUUGCGGUAACUCGUAUCCGAUCUCCAUCCGCGACAGCUCAGCACUUGCGUUCUCGAGCGUGCACUGCAUCGGACGCACAAGCGGACUAGCAUCCGGCAUCAUUUCAAGCACAAUGGAGCUCGUCAAGAUUCACGGGCGUAGCACCUUUUCGGCCAGUUGGACCGUCAGCGGCGAAUUUGGCGUGGGUGGUGACUCUGGAGCUUGGGUCGUCGGCAACGAUGAUGGGAAAGUCUGCGGGCACGUCGUGGCGUCGAGAAGGGGCCGCACAUACAUCUGUCCGAUGGAGCUGCUGCUGAAGGACAUCAAGGAGACGUUGAAAGCCAGCAGUGUCGCGUUACCUGGUGCUGCUGAUGACGGACUUCCGACUGGCGUAGCACAAGCGGUAGCCAGUGUUGGUAAGCUGCGACUCGACGAAAGGGAGCAUGGUGGCGGAGUCGCUCUGCCGGUAAGUCCGGCCCGGCGCUCGAUCGCUCGGAAAGCGAUACCACAUAUUGCCGCGCCUAUUGAGACCGCGGGAUGA